GGUGACCAUCUCGCUCUGGACAGCAGCUCUGGGCAGGCAAUGCUGAGGUCUCUUUUUGGUUGGAUGACACAACCCGGUGGCAGAAUGGACAAGGAGAGCCCAGUCCAGGAGGAGCAGGACAAGGCUAUGCAGGUGGACAUGCUCCACAUCGUUGCCUGUAGCAACACCAGAUUUGCCUUGGACCUCUACAAGCUGUUGGUCCUCAGGAGGCCUGGGGAGAAUGUCAUCUUCUCCCCCAUGAGCAUCUCCACCAGCGUGGCCUUGCUUGGCCUGGGGGCCCGAGGAACCACCCUGGCAGAGAUCAUGAAAGGCCUGAAGUUCAGCCCCACAGAGAUCAGUGUGGAAGAAAUCCACCGGGGCUUCCAGCACCUCGUGCUCACACUCAACCAGCCCCACGAGCAGCUGCAGCUCAGCAUGGGCAACGCCAUGUUCAUCCGAGAGCAGCUGGAGGUGCUGGCCUCGUUCCUGGAUGAUGCGCGCGCCCUGUACGCGGCCCAGGUUGUCCCCACCGACUUCGAGCAGCCAGCAGCUGCUGAGCAGCUCAUCAAUGACUUCAUCAGGAAUGAGACCCACGGGAAGAUAGUAGACCUGAUCAGCAACCUGGAACGGGACACGGCCCUGAUUCUGGUGAAUUACAUCUUCUUGAAAGCCAAGUGGGAGACACCCUUUGACCCCAGGGAUACCAUCAAUUCCAAGUUCUAUUUGAGCAACGGCCAAUGUGUGCAGGUGCCCAUGAUGAAGGUUGAGGACCUGACCGUACCCUACUUGCGGGACAAUGUGCUGUCCUGCAUCGUGGUGGAGCUGAAGUACUUAGGCAAUGCCAGCGCCCUCCUCAUCCUCCCCGACCAGGGGAAAAUGCAGAAGGUGGAAGCUGAGCUGCUCCUGGAGACCCUGGCCAGGUGGAGGAACAACCUGAAGCCCAGGUUCAUAAAUGAGCUCUACCUGCCUAAGUUUUCGAUCUCAGGAAGCUAUGAACUGCAGAGCAUUCUUCCCCAGAUGGGCAUCAGGGAAGCCUUCUCCACACAGGCUGACCUGUCAGGAAUCACAACACGUCAGCAACUGCAGGUCACCCAGGUGGUGCACCGCGCUCUGCUUGAUGUAGCAGAGAACGGCACUGAAGCCGCGGCCUCUACUGGAAUAAAAGCCGUAUUUUAUUGUGCAAGGGUGAACCCAACAAUUUUACGAUUCGACAGGCCCUUUCUGAUGAACAUCUACGAUAAAAACAGUGACUCCAUUCUCUUUCUAGGCAAAGUGGCCAACCCCAGUCAAGCACAGAGCUCCUAACUGAGCUGUGGGCUUUCACUGAGGAGCAGGGCUAUACAUGCAACACGCAGGCCUGUGUGUGCAGCCCAUGCUCCUUGAGCCCAGUGUCCAGGGCCACACUGGGGAGGUGGCAGUGGCUCUGUGACAACCACAUGGCUCCAUCUGGGGCUCUGGCUGCAGUAAACCCUCACCCUGGGCCUGGCCACUGUUCCUGUGCCCCUCCAUCCUGA